UGGUAGGGCAGUAUUGGUUUGCAAGAUUGGUUUAGAUUCCCAACCAACCAAUCAAGCGGUGAUUCGCAGCAGUUCGUUUUGUGCGUUCAACCAACAGUCGUAUGGUUUCGUGCGAUGCGACACAGUUUUCUCUCGUUUCGGUUCAAUUAUUAUUAUUAUUGUUGUUGUGGUGUGAAGUCGUCUUUAGCCAGAGCAAAGUGGUAGUUGGUUGGUGGUAGUUUGCAGUUGUUUGUUGCUGCUGCUACGAGUCAGUGUAUGUCUUUGCAAAAUAUGGGUUAGAGUACAUCGAGAGUAUCGAGUAGAAGAAAGAAUCGCAGCAAACGAUUAAUUUGAAAAUCCCCUUCUGUCUCUUGCAAGGUGGAAGAGGAAGUGAAGAAGCAGGAGGAGGCAACUUUUUUAAAGUUUUUUGUGGAAGAAGAAAAAAGAAGUUCAGAUCAGAUUCAGUGUUUUUUCUUCUUCAUCCACUUCAUUGAUCAUGGGUCUGGAAGGUGAGCAUUUCCUCGGCAAUCCCAAUAAAGUGGAGCACUCGAGCGAUGAGCUGGAGUACGAUUCGGGGGACGAGGGUGGCAUAGGUGUCGGCGGUGGUGGUCUCGGUGGUUUCUGGUUGGCCAGCAUCGAGGACAGCGAUAUAGACGACAUCAACGGCGAUCCCGUUUACAAUACGUUCCGCGGCGAUCUGGACAUCGAUGAGGUUGAUGAUGAUGAUGAUGAGGACGACGACGACGAGAACGGCGGCGGUGAUGAUUAUCUGGACACCGAUGAUGAUGAUGAUGAUCAGAGCGUCGACGACCACGACUACGACAUUGUCGACGAUAGGAACCAGGGCUACGCGUACGAUGGAGGAAACAAUCUGGAUUUCUUCUUCGACUCUGCUGAUGAAGAUGCCAAUGAUGAUGAGGAUGAUGGUGAGCUACGACUGAAUUUGGUAGAUGGCCAAUACGUUCAGUCCUGUCCCAUCAUCAAGAGCACCUCUGAACCUGUUGAAGGUGCUUCGGGCAGUGAUGUGAACAGUGAUAGUACUACUUCAGAGACUGCCAUUGUUAAGGAUGCAUCCACCACAUAGGCUGUCAUCCAUUCAUCCAUCCAUCCCGAACAACACCAUCACCACAACCCUAUCCUCUGCCCUGUCCACCCCUCCCUCCCCACAUUCUAUAUAUUCAAACUGUACAUGUACAUUUUCUUACAUUAUAAUUAUGAAUUAUUUUAAUUAAUGUUUCGUUUCGUAACAUGCGAGUGGGAAAGUCUCGUUUCUGUUUUCUUUUUUAUAUUACAUAUAUAUAUAUAUAUAUCUCUAUUUAUA